UACUCAAUCCUUCGCGCAGGCGCGAGGAUCCCAUAAGCAUCCUUUGAGGGCUCCUUCCAUCGACCCUCCAAACUACAUUUCCCAAGAGGCUUCGCGGUCUAGACCAGCUCUGGUUUUGGUUUUUUCUCCCGACUACAUUUCCCAGAAAGCAUUGCGGCAACCACGGUCCUGGAUAUACUGAGUCUAAACCUAUUGUAGUUCCCGGAGUCCUUUGCGGCUCCCGACGACUACAUUUCCCAGGAACCUCUGCAACACCGCCCACCGGAAGCGGCGGGCGAAUUGCGUGUCCUUGCGCGGGGAGUGAAGCGAGAGAUCGACUAUGGUGGCUCGAGUAUGGUCGCUAAUGAGGUUCCUUAUCAAGGGAAGCGUGGCUGGGGGAGCAGUCUACCUCGUUUAUGACCAGGAGCUGCUGGGGCCCAGUGACAAGAGCGAGGCUGCUCUAAGAAAGGCCGAGGAGGUGGUGCCACCAGCGAUGUACCAGCUCAGCCAGUAUGUGUGCCAGCAGACGGGGUUGGAGAUGCCACAGCCCCGUGCUCCUCUUUCUCCCCAGCUCCCAGCCCCUCCAAAGAUUACCUUCCCGAACUUCCGUGACUCCUGGAACUCAGGCAUCAUCUCUGUCAUGGCAGCUUUGUCCGUGGCCCCCAGCAAGGCCCAAGAAUACUCCAAGGAGGGCUGGGAGUAUGUAAAACAACACAGCAAGUAGCAGAUGCCACCUGCCCCAGCAUUAUGGGGUGGGCAAGACCAGGGUUCCGCAGACGCGACCGCAGUGGGGACCCCACUCUGAAGGCAGCUUCCAAUAAAGAACUUGGGAAUAGUC